UUUUAAGUUUUAUUGUUUUUGUUUUUUUGAUUUCUAAUGGUUGUUUUGUCCGUUUCUUUUUUAGAUUUUUCCAAAAACAAAAGUUUUAUUUACUUUUCUCUUUGCGAUUUAUUUUAACAAUGUCUGAUCGUUCGUGCUACAACUGUGGUCAAUCUGGUCAUAUCUCCCGUAACUGUCCGGAUCGCUCUGGUGGUGGUGGAGGCGGCGGUGGUGGCCGUGGACGUGAAUGUCAUGAAUGUGGCCAGACUGGGCAUUUUGUUCGCGAUUGUCCAGAUCGUGUUGGUCGUUCUGGUGGCGGAGGCCGAGGAGGCGGCGGAGGUGGCAGUUGCUUCAGUUGCGGAAAGGCUGGUCAUUUUGCUCGUGAAUGUCCAGAUGGCGGCGACGGUGGACGUGGCGGUGGAGGAAGUGGUGGCUCCAAGUGUUAUUCAUGCGGAGAGACUGGACAUUUCGCGCGUGACUGUACUACAGCUCGCUGA